AUGACACAACCUCCCCCAAGCCGGCUGGUCCCCGUGGGGGAAAAAGACCAUAACCCUCCAACAAUCAUAGAAAAAUCGACCAGGAAAACCAAACAACCCCAGCAGACUCUCAAAAUUGGAACAUUCAAUCGACUCGCCGCGCGCCGACAGCCGUCCGCGCGCCGCACGUUCGAGAGAAGUCAGUCGCUUACCGCCGCUAAUAAAGAUCGCUCAAAAGAGGUAAAAGAUCUGAUUACCUCCCCCCCGGCGACCAACAAGUACAAAAAAUUAAAGGAGGAGCUUAUCAAACGGCUUUCGGCCUCCCGCGACAGGAAGAUACAACAACUGCUAAAAUAUGAGGAGUUGGGAAGCCGAAAGCCAUCACAAUUUUUACGUCACCUCCAGAGCUUGGCUGGCCCCUCUAUCCCAGAGGAAUUUAUUAAAAGCAUGUGGUGCAGCAGACUGCCACCAAAUAUUCAGGCGUUGAUCGCUUCACAACCCUCUGGAGCAUUAGAUAAUUUAGCAGACCUAGCCGACAGGGUCUGUGACAUCGUCUCGCCGCUUCCCCACGUCAACGCCUGUUCAACUUCUGCAGCCCAAGCCGCCCCAGGUUCCAGUAUGGAAGUAAUGUCAAGGGAGAUAGCGGAGCUGAAGCAAGCUGUGAAAAAUCUGACGAUGCAACUAAACAGGCAGGGCAGAAACCCCGAGCGCUACAACAAUCGCAGACGUUCCAGGUCCAGGUCUACGAGUAACUAUGAAAAAUUCCCAACCUGCUGGUACCACUCCAAGUUUGGCGCUAAGGCCACGAAGUGUACCAAACCAUGCGACUACGGCAGGUUGGGAAACUCGCAGGGCAGUCGAUAA